AUGGACGUGUUGCUGGCGUUACCCAUAUUGGGGCGGGAGGUGCAGCUUUCCGAAUUACUCGGGGCCGGCUCAAAUGGCCGUGUGUAUCUUGCUAUGCCGGUGAAUCCAUGCGAUGCUGCGAACCACUUCCCGUACCCGUCUCAGUUUGUGGUGAAGGUGAUGCAGCGAGAGUUGUGGCCUGUCGACUACGUGGAGGGCAUCAAGAAGGAGAUUAACGCCGUGCGGUCACUGCAGCACCCCUUCAUUGUGAGCUACGUUGGUGCGUGGGUGGAGACGUGUGGUGGGGAGCACAGUGGUAGUGUUUGCCUUGCCAUGGCCCAUUGCGACGGUGGGGAUCUUCACAAGAUGAUCUGUGGGUACAUCAACCGCGACGAGUACGUGCCGAACGAGUUGGUGAUGAUGAUCAUGGUGCAGAUUCUGUCUGCCCUCAACCACAGCCACGCGCACCACAUCAUUCACCGCGACAUCAAGCCUGCGAACCUGUUCCUAAUGCGAGACGGUUCUGGCGACGGUGUGGCGAAGGCACUUGUGGGCGACUACGGCUUGGCGCGGCCGCUGAGUCGCACGGUGGAGUUGGCGAGGACGCGUGUGGGCACCCCGUGCUACUGCUCGCCUGAGAUCGUCGCCGGCGAGGCGUACACCGCGAAGACGGACAUCUUCUCCGCCGGCGUGACGUUCUUUGAACUCAUGACGCGGCAGCGGGCCUUCUGGGAGAAGGGCCACACGGAGCGGCAGUCGUUCCACGCGAUUCUCCACGCGGACCCGCUGCCGCGCCUGCGCCGUGUGGCGGACGGCCGCUACGACAGUUGUCUCGUGCGGGCGGUGGCGGCGUGUCUCGGCAAGACGGAGCGGGGCCGCCCGACGGCGUUCGAGCUGCUCACCGGCUUCGCGUCGCGCCUCACCCGCUACGUGCGGGCGAAGAACAUUCCCGUCACCCGCGAGCGGCCAAAGGCGUCGCCCACGCGCGCAGACGGCAACUCACCGGUGCGUCGCAUGUCGCCCGUCUCGCCAGUGCGGCCAAACGGUGUUUCUCCAUUGAGACCGAACGACGUUUCCCCAUCAAGACCAAACGGUGUUUCCCCAGUGCGGCCAAACGCGGUUUCUCCAUUGAGACCGAACGACGUUUCCCCUGUGCGACCAAACGGUGUUUCCCCAGUGCGGCCAAACGGUGUUUCUCCAGUGCGACCUAAUGAAGUCACGCGAUUGCGACGAGUGACACCGGUGAGAGAGUCACUGGUGGGUGCCGCACCCGCUGUGCCUAACCGCACGCCCACGCCCACACCCGUCGCCGCCGCUAAGGCUGCUGCUGGUGUGCAGAAUGACGCUGUCGGGGUGAGGCGUGAGGUAUUAAGGGAGGGGGUAUUCGAGCAUGAAACACCCGCGGUCGAUCUCCUGCUGAGUGUGAUGGAGGCGAACGUCGGCAACAUGGUGGAGUGCGCUAAGCUGAAGGAGCUUCUUGACGGUGAUAUUGAGGCCUUCAUGCUGGUACAGAUUCUUCUUGUCACACGGUGUACAGAUGCAACCUCGCUUGAAAAUGGCAUAUUCAGACUGCUGUUGACGCUCAAGCCACAGAUAUCGGCGGAUAAGGUGGUAUUGUGGUUGAUGGAGCGUAAUCGAGGGGUGUAG